AACUUACUCAACGUACCAUUUCUAGACGAAAUACAAGGAUUGGAAGUUAGCCAACUCAAACCAUGAAUAUGAAGUAUGUGUUCGUGCUUGUCAUAGCAAUCGCAGCCAUCGCAGAAGGCGCAGAAUACACCGUAGGAGACGACAUGGGUUGGAUGGUUCCUCCCACUCCCGACUAUUAUGCUUCAUGGGUUUCCAAGUAUUACUUUGUGGAGAAUGAUACUCUAGUGUUUAACUUUGAACAAGGAAUACAUGACAUCACUGUACUAACCAAGGAAGACUUCGACGCCUGCAACAUGAAGAAUCCCUUGUUUCAAUCCCCGGAACCAGGUGAAGUUAUGGUUAUGGCGAGCGACACAUUUUACUUCACGUGCAGCUUUGGUCAGCACUGCGCUAAUGGGCAAAAGUUUGCCAUUUAUUUUGCCUCUGCACCUUUGCCUCCCAGUCCAAGUCCGUGUCCAAGUGAAUCUGCUACUGCUGAUCAAUCUACGGAGUCCCGGCCGUUCAAGUUUGUAUCGGCAAAGAUGGGUAACUAGGAAGGUUUGGCCUGAAGUGAUCCAAUUUAAACCGUGUAGCAAAAGUCCUUGCUAGCUAGCAAUAAAUCAAGAAGCCUUGGUUCGUGAUUGUACCAUAAAAAUAAGAUUAUGAUUGAAUUACGAUCAAAUUUAUUUGUACUCUUAAUAAA